AGCGCGGCCCCGCGGCGCCGCUCCCCGGCCCCCGCUCCCGCAGCUUUCCAUGUGGUACCCAUGAAGAUGAGGCUGAGGACAAGGAAAGCUGCCCAGCAGUCCAACCAGCUCCACACGCAGCGGGCGCUGCGGGCCAAGCGGAAACACUCGGAGGUGGAGGAGCCCUUACCUGGCGGCGGGGGAAAACCACCCAAAAAUGACACAGGCCUCUUGUCUUCAAUCAAAAAGUUCAUUAAAGGAAGCACACCCAAGGAAGAAAGAGAAAAUCCCAGCAAGAGGAGUCGGAUUGAGCGGGACAUUGAUAACAACCUGAUCACCUCCACCCCCCAGACAGGGGAGAACCCCAACAAACAGCUCUCGAGAGUGCGGCGGAAAAGUCAGAUCAAUGGAGAAGCUGGAAGUUACGAGAUGACAAACCAACACGUAAAGCAGAAUGGAAAAUUGGAAGAUAACCCUACCACAGGCAGCCCCCCACGAACAACGUUACUGGGAACCAUCUUUUCUCCUGUUUUCAAUUUUUUUUCACCAGCAAAUAAAAAUGGAACAUCGGGCUCGGACUCCCCGGGCCAGGCCGUGGAGGCUGAGGAGAUCGUGAAGCAGCUGGACAUGGAGCAGGUGGACGAGAUCACCACGAGCACAGCCACGGCCACAUCCACCAACGGCGCCUUCCCCGGGCAGGGCCAGCUCAGGGCUGUCAACAACGGCCUGGGGGACAGCGAGGAGCCCGGGGACCACGACCUGCCCCCGCUCACGGCACCAGUAUCUCCAGACAGUGGCUACUCAUCAGCUCAUGCAGAAGCCACCUACGAAGAGGACUGGGAAGUCUUUGAUCCAUACUAUUUCAUCAAACAUGUCCCCCCACUAACAGAAGAGCAGCUGAACAGGAAGCCAGCUCUCCCACUGAAAACCAGAAGCACACCAGAGUUCUCAUUAGUUCUAGACUUGGAUGAAACAUUAGUGCACUGUAGUCUAAACGAAUUAGAAGAUGCUGCACUCACUUUUCCAGUUCUUUUUCAAGAUGUCAUUUACCAGGUGUACGUCCGGCUAAGGCCGUUCUUCCGAGAGUUCCUGGAGAGGAUGUCUCAGAUCUAUGAGAUCAUUCUGUUUACUGCUUCUAAGAAGGUGUAUGCAGACAAGCUAUUGAACAUCCUGGACCCCAAAAAGCAGCUGGUCAGGCACCGACUCUUCCGUGAGCACUGUGUGUGUGUACAAGGGAAUUACAUCAAGGACUUGAACAUCCUGGGCAGAGACCUCUCCAAAACCAUCAUCAUUGACAAUUCACCACAAGCCUUUGCUUACCAGCUUUCCAAUGGAAUUCCUAUAGAAAGCUGGUUCAUGGAUAAAAAUGAUAAUGAACUCCUAAAGUUGAUUCCAUUUCUGGAGAAACUCGUAGAGCUGAACGAAGACGUCCGACCUCACAUCCGAGACAGAUUUCGCUUGCAUGAUUUGCUACCCCCCGACUAAAGCUCUCACUGCCGAGGGGAGAAAAUGCAGGACCCUGUUGGACUAAUACAAAACAUUGCCAUUACUGUUGAAAUUUUGCAUUUUUGUACCCCGUCUUGCUUUUCUUAUCUUUGGUGCCCAACAAUGAUCAAGGGUUACAGGAAGAGACUUUCUACACCUGAGGUUGCCGCCAUCAGUACAAUCCAGUACCCAGUAGGGAGGCUAGAACAGAAAAGUCUUUAGAACUAGUGCAACUCCAAGGAAAUUUUUUAUGUACAGGACAUCUGCAGUUUAUAAAGAAAAUUCUGUUUCUGCCACCAGCAGUUUGACCUGUAGAAACACAGGAUUUUAUGAUACAACAGAGAUUGAAAACGGACUCGGAUUUUCUCUCUGUUCGGUGCUCUAAGUGGGUUUGUAGCCACUUUUCUGUUACUUUUAAGAUUCUCAUUUCAACAGGAAUGGCCAGUAAAAGUUGUUUUAUUUUUCCUGUUAAGGUUUAUAACCUUUUUACAUUUUUGACCUGUAUUAGAUUAGAAUUUCAUUAUGCAUUCCUUUUAGUUGAGGCGCUUCAUAGUUUUUCUGGAAAUAGCCAAAUUUUGUUAGUUUUUUUAUUAAACAGUUGGCUGGCCGUUUCCCUGCUUUGUCUGCCUGCAUCCUGUAUAUUUGUUUAAAAAUAUUCUCUAGUUUUAGCCCACGUAAGUUUCAUUUAGAAAGAAAAAAAAACUGAAAAAAACCACAAAAAAAAAAAAACCCCAACCCUGCAUUUAUAUUUUCUUUCUGUAAUAUUCUACUGUAGUCGAAACCUUUUCAAAAAAAUCAAGAGACUGGCUAGCUAAGACGAAGAUAAGAAUGACAAAUAUUGGGAAUAUCCUGAACCAUUGCGAUGGCACGUCCUCUGGACAGAGCACAGCUGGCAGUGGCACCACGAUGGACAAGGAAUACCUCACCUCUGCUGUGGCCCGGGCAGUGUGCCCACCUGGGCAGGUGUGCUCACCUGGGCAGUGUGCCCACCUGGGCAGUGUGCUCACCUGGGCAGUGUGCCCACCUGGGCAGUGUGCCCACCUGGGCAGGGCUCCUGUGACACUCCUGCAGCCUCCAGGGCAGGGCUGCCCCUGCCAUCCCCUGGUGUCCAGCCUGGCUCCCGUGCUCAGCUGGGAUUGUCGAGCUGGGAAUCGCCUUUUCCCGGAGGCUUUUUGUGGAAGGGAGAAUUUGUACGAGUUAGGAAGCUUUGCCUCUCGACUGCAUUGCCACGCCACAGGCUCGGACUGGUUUUGUGUAAAAGAUGUCACAGAACGGCACUUUUUCUAAAGAGAAGUUUGCUAUUUUGUAUGCUUGAUAAGAAAGUACAGUAUUGGAAAUUAAAGGUGGACAGCUGAUAAUUGAGAAGUAUGUCAAUUAAUUUUUUAUGUAUAUUACCUGUUUACUUGUACAAUUUUAUUGUACAAAUUACAUGCAGCUUCAUUUUCAAAUGAGUCCUUAAAAUAAGGAAAAUCUUUUUAGCAAAACAUUUAAUUUUUGUAUUUUUGAUUUUAAAAGGCAUGAGUUAUGUCAACUUUUUCCAGUGUAUUAAUGAAGAUUUUAACUUUUCAUCAGGUUGAGUGUUUUCUUACUAUAUUAUCUGUUGUGUAUGUAGCUAGCACAUGGUGUCACUGAACUGUUAAAACUUAGCAUGUAGAGCAAGCCUGUUUUGUGGAAAAUCCUUAUUCAUUAAAAACAAAAUCAUCAUGGCAGAUUUUCUGCAAAAAAGUGAAAAAACAUUUGCAAUUCAGAAUACUGAUUUUUUUUGUAUUUAAAGAAAGGUAUUUUGCUUGCAGGAAAGAAAUACUACAGAUUCAUUUUAAUGAGAAUCUUUUAAAUGUAUUUAUCUUUAGGGCAUCUGGGCAUCUUUACGCUGUUUGUCUUAUGUCUUUAUUGAAAUAAAAUGUACAGAACAUUA